GGCGCUGGGGCUCAGACGGCACCGAUGCCUUCCCGGGCCACCACUCCCACAAGUGGCUGUCCUGCCGCUGGUCUGGGGUGACUCUCUCCCUGGAUCCAACGGAUGCACUAGGAAUUACAGGCAGGCUAAUGGGUGCAGAAGGAAGCCGAGAGUCUGACCAGAAGGGCCGGGAGCAACGUGGCUGUUGCUUCUUUAACAAAUCCCCCAGCGCUCGGUGCUCCCCCCCUGCAGUGGGAAAUCUGGGCUCGGGAAGAAGCGUUCUGCGGGAGCCCCUUUUUGGAGCUGUAGGACGGGGACCAACGUCCUCAAAUGUCCAUCGGGUGUUUACGGGAGGAAGGGGAAAGGUGGGUGGGCCAAACACCUCGGGGGGCCCCGGAGGCCCCGACCCUUAGCCCAGCCUGACCAGUUUUUCUCUUUCCUGGCCUGAGCGCCCUCCUGCUGCGGCUGGGUCCCCGGGCCCUCCUGCCCUGAGCCUCCCCUGGCCCUCUCCCAACAGGCCCUAGGCCAGACCCUCUGCUGGGCCUCUGGAGGGGCCUCCACCGUAGCCCUAGUCAGGCAGGCCUGAGGGCCUCUCCUGGAGGUGCUGGAGCCCCCCUCCUCCUCGGCCGGGGACCCAGCCUUCGGGGCUUCCCCAGGCCCUGCGGCCCCCUCGGUCGGGCAGCACCCAGCCCUGGUUCUGCUUGGCUGCAGGAGAUGCUUGGCUUGUGUUGACUUAGGGUUGGGUCCCCUUGAGCUGAGCUGAGAUGUCAAAGGAUUUGUUGAGGAUGGAGCACACCCCAGGGAUUGGUCAAUGGUUACCUUUGUUCCCAACAAGUGUGGAGAGUUUGCCCUUCCUGCCCAGCACCCCUCCUUGCAGAAAGAUGAUCCCACAGACUUUCCUGGAACUUGGGAGGGACCUCAGGGUCCAUACGGAGGGUGAAAGAAGGGCUCGAGACUGAUCUCUCUGUAGGGGGGGUCACCAGGGGCCAAAGGCCAAGGGACGCUGUCCCAAGGGGCCCCAGCAGGGAUCCUGCCCACCCAGAGAGAAAAGCCUGGCCUAAGGCACUGUGGGACCAGUGCUGGGGAGUGGGACAGACUCGGGGCCUCUGGGAGUCUGGAGUGCAGAAAGAUGCGCCGGCCAGUGGCGGUCAGGGCAGGCUUAACAACAGGCCAGAGAGCAGGGACUGAGGCAGGAAGCCCCCAGGCCUGGGAGGGAGCGACUGGGGGAGAUGCAGCUUCCCCCUGGUUUGCUCUGCUUAGGCCUUCAUUCCUGCCUGUUUAAGGCCAACGCCUGGACAUAUGGAGGGUGGCCCAAGACCAGCAGGGGACAGUGAUCCCCGAACGCGGGCCCCCGUGACCACGGGCGGGCCCCUCUCUGAGCCUCGUUUCACAGCUGAGGUCAUUGCAGUGAUGGGCAGCCGUGGCCCCCUCCCAGAUGUGAGGGAGAAGAGGAGGAAGGAACCUUUGUGUGGGCCCGGCCCAAGCACCGGGCGCUCAGGCUCUAUGGGGUAGGAAGUGCCGCCCAAGCCAAGUGGGGCCACCCUGCCCCGCCCCGAUGCCGCCUCUCCCAAGAGGUAUAAACAGCCCAAGCCUCAGAGUGGGGCAAGAGGGCUUCUGGGAGGCAGGAGACCAAGCAGCGAACAAUGGCACCGGUGACUCAGUUGGGCUUUGUCCUUGUCAUCGUCCUCCUCUGCUGGCCGUCCAUCACUUCAGCAACGGUGAAGGUUCGGAUGCCAGUGAAAAAUGCAAAGCUGAAUGAGCAAGGGAAGGACUGCUCCCAGAUCUGGACAGACAAUCCGCAGUCCCCCAGCGACAUUUAUGUCAUCAGGCCAGAGGGGGCCCCGGACGCCUUCCAGGUUUACUGCGACAUGCAAGAAGAUGGCGGCUGGACAGUCUUCCAGAGGCGGACAGGGGGCAACGGCAAGCCUUUGGCCUUUGACCGAGUCUGGUGGGAGUACGAUAAUGGUUUUGGCAACGUGGAAGGAGAGCACUGGCUGGGCCUGGCCAAGCUUCACUCCCUGACGCACCAGCCCGGCGUCCGCACCCAGCUCAGGGUGGACCUGCACAGCUUUGAAAACGAGAGCUGCCAUGCCCUCUAUGAUUCCUUCCAGAUCGGGGACGCGGCCAGUUUCUACACCCUGACCCUGGGCAGGUACUCCGGAAAUGCAGGAGACGCCUUCCGUGGUGAAAACUGGGCGGGAGCCGCCACCCAGGAAGGCACUGCCUUCAGCACCCUGGACAGGGACCACGACUCCUGCAACCCCUGUCUCAGCGGGGAUAUAGCCUUCAAUGAGUGCAGCCAGUGGCAUGGGGGAUCAGGCUGGUGGUUCAGCGACUGUGGGGAAGCCAACCUCCAUGGGGACUGGCACCCUGAGGGGGACCACAAAAGCUGGAGCUCUGACAUCCACUGGGGAACCUGGAGCCCAACUGAUUCCCUAAAGGCCACCGAGAUGAAGGUGAAGACCAUCAAGAAGGCUGCAACUAAGGCUUAGGAGCCAAGGGCCUUUCCAGCUGCCCCCAGAAGCAGAUCAGAAAGGUGGCCGGCCCAGAGAGCCAAUCAGAGGAGGCCUGGGGAUGACAGUGUGAUCUCAUGGGACUGAGAAAUUGGGGGGCUGUCUGCUGUAGAUACUGGGCAAUGAUCAAUAAAAGUGGAUAUUACACACCCUUCCUUGGUUCUGCCUAC